CUAAAUUCUGUUUUUGACGUCGUCUAAAAGAUAUUCAUUUUCGUUAUUGAUCCUUCCACGAGGAUUAUUUUUACGACAGUUCAGUUUGCUCGGGUGUCAAUGCAAGGUUCCCUACAGUGUCAUAUUUUGUGAACGGCAAAAGGAUUUGUGAAAAACGAAAAAUUUGAAAAAAGUUUCUUGAUCUCCAGCCAGGAUAUUUACGUCUUGUGGGACUAGUGUUCUUCUGCGUCUGUUUUAAAGCAAUACGUCCGAUCUGGAUGUCCGAUCUGGACCUCGACAAAAGAUCGUAACGCAACGUUGCGUGUGACCAACCACCCGGGACUACUCCGUGGGCUGCCAAAGCGUCCAGCGAACGUUAUUGAAUGAAGACUUGCAUUUGCACAGCUUUGGAAUCAUUGCCCUCCUGCCUUCAUAGAGCGCGGUGUCCUGAAACCGCAGCUACGACGCAACGUAGCGACUGAAAGACAGCGUUCAGCUCAGACAUAUCUUGCUAAAGUUGUGGGGGUUUUUUAAACAAUAACAUACGUGUGUCUAGAAGUGGUGUAUAUUUAUGACUUAUUCAUGAUUAAGUUUAUCAUUUUUCAUAAGAAAUUUUACUUAAGGAUUUUUUAAUUCUAGAAUCAAGCAGCUGAAGAGUUUUGGAGAAAGAGUGACUGGAAGUGACGGAGCUCAUAUCUUUCGGAGUUUCUCUUUAUUAAAAGUUGUACCAACUCAGCCAUCAUGUCCGAAGGAGCGAUGUGCUGUGUGCCUGCCCGGCACCGUAAAAAAAUGUGGGUUCGAGUCUUGAUGGAUAAUCUACUGAUCAUCCUCAUCGUGAUUGCUGUAGGUGCGGGUGUGGGGAUGGGAAUCGGGCUCAGGGAGGUCUGGACUCAUGAGGACGUCAGGAAGAUCUGGUACCUGGGG